GAUUAUCUACCAGUAGAUCAGGAAGAAUUACGUGAUUAUGUACAUGCCCGAUUAAAGGUUUUGAAUGAGGAAGAACUAGACGUUCUUCUUGUUCCCUUUUACGAAGUCCUUGAUCAUGUCCUUUGUAUCGACAGGAUCUUCAAACUGCAACAGGUUCUCAGUGGAGCUGGUGGUAAGACCACACUGUCUAGGUCUGUGGCUUGGAUCAACGGACUAUCUGUGUUUCAAAUAAAAGUUCAUAAUAAAUAUACUCCUGAUGAUUUUGAUGAUGAUCUACAUACAGUGCCAAGACAGUCUGGCUGUCAUGAUGAGAAGAUUAUAUUCAUAAUGGAUGAGUCUAAUGUCCUCGAUUUAGGAUUCUUGGAAAGAAUGAACACACUACUGGCCAAUGGAGAAGUUCCUGGAUUAUUCGAAGCCAAUGAAUUCACAACCCUCAUGACCCAGUGCAAGGAGGGGUCUCAAAAGGAAGGACUGAUGCUUGAUUCCUCUGAAGACACUCAUCAGAUAAUGAGAAACCUUCAUGUGGUAUUCACUACGAAUCCUUCCUCUGAGGGUCUUAAAGACAAAGCUGCUACCUCUCCUGCUUUAUUCAAUAGUUGUGUGUUGAACUGGUUCGGUGAUUGGUCCACUGAUGCUCUGUAUCAAGUUGGAUAUGAGUUUACUAAUAAAGUUGAUCUUGAUAAAUUAGACUAUAUUCCUCCUGAUUGAGUCCCUGUGGUAUAUCCUGAUCUUCCUGAUUUCAUCAAUGAUUAUGUUAAACUCUACAACAAGAAGAGACAAGAUCUUGAAGAGCAACAGCUACAUUUAAAUGUCAGACUCCAAAAGAUAAGAGAAACUGUAGAACAAGUAGAAAAUUUACAAGCCAGCCUUUUUGUAAAGAAGAAUGAGUUAGAACAAAAGAAUACACUAGCUAACCAGAAACUAAAACAGAUGGUUCACAGUCAGCAAGGCCGAGAAGAAGAAGAUAAAGUCACAGGAAAGUUCUUCUCUCUCGGUCUCAUUCUCCGGUUGUGUCUUCUAGUUGUUCCUCCGCUUCUAAUUCAACUGUUCCUAGUCCAGUGGUCGUUGAGGAGGUGGUCACUACCAUGCAUAAUGAGAUUAUUGAUUUUAUACUUAUUGAAGAUGGUGAUGAUUAAUUAUAACAAUUAUAAUA